GUCACUUUCACAAGGUUGGAGUAAUAACAUAUUUAACUACUUACAACAUUGGCUUGAAUCUAGGCUGUGUCUUUAGAUUACGAGAAAAACAACAACAAGGAAUAAUAUUUGACUUCUCAAACCCCGGCCUGGUCUGUUUCGCAAGCGGUCCAGGAAGUGUCGCGAGGUUGCGCCUCUGGGUUUUUAGAAACUCUGUGGUAGAAUCUACUGUCAAGGGGACUGUAUUGAACUGUUAAGCUAACGACGACCUCAGCGUUUUCCAUAGGAACAUAUUUUAACACUCCAUAGCUUCAACCAUGAGGAGUGUGUACCUCCUGCUGCCCGCGCUGCUACUUCUCCUGGCACUGCCCGUCUCCAGGGGACGCUACAACGAUGACUUUGACGACGGGGAAGACCUGGCAGACUUUGCAGACGACAAUGACUUUGCUGAGUUUGAGGAUGUGAGCGAGGACACUGCGGCCGAGCCAGAGACGGCCCCUCCUCCCCGUGCGGCCCCCCCUGCUCAGCCUGCUGAGGACGAUGAGGAUGAGGCCACAGUGGAGCUGGAGGAAGACGGACAGGAGGACGGCUUUGAGGAUUCCGAUACACAGGAUCAAGACAUGUACAGCAAGUAUGAUCCAGACGAGUUUGAUGGCAUGGAGAAGCCCAGCCAGUCCCUUAAAGACCCUCUGAUCAUCCACACAGUGCCGGCCCACCUUCAGAACAGCUGGGAGAGCUACUACAUGGAAAUUCUAAUGGUGACGGGCCUGCUGGCCUAUAUCAUGAACUACAUCAUCGGCAAGAACAAGAACAGCCGUCUGGCUACAGCCUGGUUCAACUCCCACCGAGAGCUCCUGGAGAGCAACUUUGCCUUGGUGGGUGAUGAUGGCACCAGUAAGGAUGCAGUGAGCACUGGGAAGCUGAACCAGGAGAAUGAGCACAUCUACAACCUGUGGUGCUCAGGUCGAGUGUGUUGUGAGGGCAUGCUCAUCCAGCUUAAGUUUGUGAAGAGGCAGGACCUGCUGAAUGUACUGGCCAGGAUGAUGAGGCCAGUCUGUGAUCAAGUGCAAAUUAAAGUUACUCUGAAUGAUGAGGACAUGGAUACGUUUGUGUUUGCUGUGGGCACCAAAAAGGCCAUGGCUCGGAUGCAGAAGGAGAUGCAGGACUUGAGUGAGUUCUGCAGUGACAAGCCCAAGUCAGGGGCAAAGUACGGCCUUCCUGAACUCCUGGCCAUCCUGACAGAGAUGGGUGAGGUCACGGAUGGUGUGAUGGACAGCAAGAUGGUUCAUUAUAUCACCAACCAUGCUGACAAGAUCGAGUCCAUCCAUUUCUCUGACCAAUUUUCUGGUACAAAAGUUGUGCAAGAGGAUGGACAGCCCUUAAAGCUGCCUGAGACCAAGAAGACGCUGCUGUUUACAUUUAAUGUGCCUGGCAUGGGGAACACGUCUCCCAAAGACAUGGACACUCUGCUACCCCUGAUGAACAUGGUCAUCUACAGCAUCGACAAGGUCAAGAAGCUCCGCCUCAACAGAGAGGGAAAACAGAAGGCAGAUAAGAACCGUGCCCGUGUGGAGGAGAACUUCCUGAAGCAGACCCACAAUCAGCGCCAGGAGGCUGCUCAGACCCGGCGGGAGGAGAAGAAGAGGGCUGAGAAGGAGAGGAUCAUGAGCGAGGAGGAUCCUGAGAGACAGCGCCGCCUGGAGGAGGCUGCUCAACGUCGCGAUCAGAAGAAGAUUGAGAAGAAGCAGAUGAAGAUGAAGCAGAUCAAAGUCAAAGCCAUGUGAGGACAGACGGCUACAGGGAUUCAAUCACACAGCUCAGACGGUUUCCACUGCUUCCAUCCAUCUCUCUCACUUCAGCGCCCAGUUCUGGCUCACAGGCUCACACAGACAUUCCCUUCUCCAUGGGUGUGUCAAGCUUAGCUGUUUCUGUUCUCAUGGAAACACUUUGUCCAAUCAGAGUGGGGGUUUCCUUGGCUGUGAGUGAGCUGCUAGUGACAAGCGAGAGGGACAGAGGAGUUUUGCAUAUCAAGUCUGUCACCAUGAUGACCCGUUCCAGUUUUUUUCCUGUUUUGACUUUUUCUUCUGCCUAGGUCUUCAUUGCUCUUUUCAAAGCAAGUCGGCUCAAUGAGCUUAUUAAUCGAAUCGACAGGGAUUGGGGGUUGCACCUCUUGGUGGGAAAUAAAAUGCUCAUAUUUUAAAGGAAUGAAGGCAUGUGAGGCCUGUUUGAGUUAUUAAGUUAACACUGUGGAUGCUACAAGACGAGAUGCAAAAUAUCCAAUUUUAAUUUAUAUCUAAGUGACGGUCCUUACAAGCUAUGUCUGUCUGGUGAAUUUCUAAGCAAACAAUAAAAUGCACUGGAAGCUA